AUGGCAGCACCGAAGCAGCAGCAGCAGCGGCCGCCGCCGCCCUGUCUGCUGGCUACCGAGCAGCACCUCUUCACCAGCAGCCGAGCCGAGACGGAACCCCGGCGUCCCACGCCUCCGAAGACGAACAUGAUGACCACGAGCACGACCACGAGCACGACCGCGACCGCGACCGCGACCACGAGCAUGAUCACCACAGCCAACAGCACGCCGACGAGACAAAGCGGCCGCGCGCCUGCGAGGCCUGCCGCGGCCUCAAGGUGCGCUGCGUGCCUGACGCCGCCGCUCCCGAGGGGCCCUGCGCGCGCUGUCGCAAGGCACGCCGCGCGUGCCAUCGGUGACGGUGCCGACCCCGCAAGGAGGGGCCAAGAAGAACGGGACAGCCCGCGUCCGCCCGAGCUCGAGGAAAGAAAGAUUGACGCCCUUGACGGGCGAGCCUGCAAUGCCGCGGGGCAGCCCGGGCGAAGAACGGGCCAUCAGCAACAGGUGGGGGCGGGCGGCCCACCCCCGGGACGGCGGGCCCUGGCGGAGAGAAGAGCCUUUCUGGAGCCCUUCCUGCUGGUGCCCUGCGGCGGCCGGGCGAAGCCCAGACCCCGCCGAAGAAUGGUGGGACACCUGCCAGCCGUCCUGUUCCCGCCCGCCAUGACGGUCGGCGAGCUGCGGACCACCAAGCCCGUGCUGUUCCUGGCCGUGCUGGCGGCGGCGUCGAGCGAGACCUCGGCGCUGCAGCGGCAGCUCGUGCGCGAGACGAUGCAGGUGCUCGCUGAAAAGGUCGUCAUCACGGGCGAGAAGAGCCUCGAGCUCGUGCAGGCGCUGCAGCUCACCACCAUCUGGUACUGGCCGCCCGAGCACUACGAGGAGCUCAAGUUCUACCAGCUCGUGCACAUGGCCGCCGUCAUGGCCAUCGACAUUGGCCUCGGCAAGCGCUCCGCCGCGCCCCAAGGCAUUACGCCCUACGGCGUCUACGGCGUCUACGCCUACCGCCACGCCCAGCACCGCCGGACCCAGCUGCCCGACCCCCAGUCUCUCGAGGCGCGCCGCGCUUGGCUGGCCUGUUACUAUCUCUCGAGCAACACGGCCAUGGCCCUGCAUCGCCCGCUGCUCAUCCGCUGGACAAAGUUCAUGGCCGACAGCAUGGAGAUCCUGCGCACCGCGCCCGAUGCGGCGCCGACGGACAAGUACUUUUGCGGUCUCGUCGACACGCAUCGCGUGUCCGAGGAUGUCGCUGCCCAGUUUGCGACGGCUGAGCCUGAGGAUGCGAUCAAUGUUCGCGAUCCCGGCGUCACGUUUUCCCUAAGGAGGUUAAAGCGUGAUCUCGAUACGUCGUACAACAUGCUGCCUCCUGAUCUUCACCGAACCACGCUAACCAUAUCAUACCAUGUCGUCAAGAUUUACAUGCACGAGAUGAUCAUCAAUGUCUGCUCGUCACCCGCAGCCAGGACGAACCACCCUGCGGAAAUCUCCCUCCAAGACAUCGCUGCGACGUCACCUCUGUCCGGGCUGCAUCCCCUCCACGUCAACGCCUACUCGGCCUGCCUCUCCUCCUGCCACGCCAUCUUCGACACGUUUCUCGCCACCGACAUAGCCACCCUCCGCUGCCUGCCCGUCUUCAACCUCGUCCGCAUCUCGUACGCCCUCGUCGUUCUCAUCAAAAUGUUCUUCUGCGCCGUCGCCCCCGGUAGCGAGCUCGCCGGCAUCAUGGGACGCGACGACUUGAAGGUCCAUACCUACGUGAACCAGAUCCUCGAGCACUUCCGAGCGGCGGCCGCCGACGACGGAAGCCGCCCCGCAAGCAACCUCGGCAUUACCGGCCCCGUCAACUUCCCCAUCCAGCCGUGGCCCCCCGCCUUCUCCUCCUCCUCCUCCUCCUCCCUCGGUCCCCACGCGGACACGAGCAUGGCCGAAGACCCCGCCAGCGCCGAGGCCUGCGUGCGCUAUGCCCUCGCCAUUGACCCGUGGGUCGGCCAGUUUGGCGACGUCCUCGACGGCGUGCGCGCGGGCGGAGGCGCCGACGGCGCGGGCGGGCCUGCCGGUGGAGGUCCUGGUGGCAGCGGUGGCUGGGCGGGACCGGCGCAGCAGUUCCAGAUGUGA